UGUCAGACCGUGUAUAGAUGUUGGUGAGCGUUGGUGUUUUUUUAUGCGACAGGUUUUUAGUUCUGAAGCUUUGGGGUAAGAAACGAUGAAAAUGAUGGCCUGCAGCUCCAUCAUCUUCUCCAUUUAUCUGAGCGUCGUACUCCACCUCAGCCAAGGUUAUGAGGUGAUUCAGCCGCAGACUCGGACCGUGAACCCCGACAGAUCAGCCUCCAUCACCUGUGAACACACGGCCAAUGUCAACUCUGUGAUAGAUGUUCGACUCAACAGCAUCUCCCCAAAACCUCAAACUCUCUGCCAGUUGGGAGCGAGCCGCUGUGAGGACAUCGUCAUUUACGAAGAGAAACACAACAAGUACAUAUUCCUCAUUUUCAACAUCGGGCCAGAAGCAAUGAAAAUAAAAUACGUGUGUGACUUCACACUGAACAUAAACAACAUACAUACCGCCGAAGUAGGAAAACCAACCACCCUACUGGAAGGACAAAAGGAAGAAGGACAAAAGGGGGAAGCUGAAAGCAAACCUAAACCUCAACCUGGAAGUGAUGAGUGGACUCUUCUGGAGUUCAUUCUGAUUGGUCUGCUGCUUCCGACGUUACUGUACAGCUGUAUCAUCACCUUUUUCUACUUCAGGAUGUGCUUGACGAGCAACACAAGCGAUCCGGAGAACUCCAUGUAUGUGGAAAUGAGGAAAGCCCCUGUGCCAAGAAAUCCAGAGUUUGACUUGUACAGCUGAGUCGUUCUGCUCCACCGGCAGCAUCAUACUGACAAAAAGAAAAACAUGGACGCUUUAUCAAUAGACUUAAACUUACUGCCUCUUCACCCCCAUCUCUCUUUUUCUAAGAGCUGAAAACAAAUGUGCUGCUGAAGAUAACCAGCAGAGGGAGACAAAGACUCUCUGCUUCUGCACACCCGCUUUCAUGUUUGCAUGCAAAGUCAUAAUAUCCAUUUUGUAUGAACAGGUACAGAUUAUUUUUAAUACCCAACUUAAAUAGAAGCUAUACAACUGUUAGACUUGAUGAUGUCUUGUACAGUGUGUGUGCAUGUUCCAGCCAGACAGAAAUAAAAACACACCAGUGAUCUUGA